CGGAAGGGUUGAAAUGGGAAGAUUGUCAGCGACCGUUGGAGGUUCUUGUCCUGGACUUACCCAGAUAGAACAUCUUGGUGUUGUUUGUUUCUUCGCGGGAUGUAAUCGCCAUAAAUGUAGGUAUGGUCUGUGAAGAGUCUGUCAUUCAGCUUGUCAUCAUGCCCUUCAGCUCAAAAUUUCCGAUGCAUAUAACGAACGCUCUUAUGCCGUUUUUGCCCAAAGAUGUCAAGGAGAGAUACUCCGAGUAUAGAGUCUCAAUGGCGGAGGACGCAAGACAGAACUUGGAAGGGGAAAUGGGCGAGAGUCAACUGUACCUUAAUCUGGCUACCCUGGGCAGUGAUUGGAAGUCACAACGUAAAAUAUACGACAGGAGAAAUAUUGUUGACUAGAGUAAUUUCUCAUAUACAGAGAAGCCACAUUGGCACUAGGAUUUCCUCGAAAUCGGGAGGGAAAGAAUCAGUAGAUUGUUC